AUGACUUUGUCUUUAUAUCUCAAUAAAUUGGAUGGACCUAUUCCAACUACAGUGGGAAGAUUGCACAAGCUUCAAGCUCUCAAUCUUUUUAAUAAUAGACUAGAAGGUCCCAUCCCAUCCGAUCUUUGUCAUUUAGAGAGCUUGUUCGCUUUGGGUUUAGGUGGUAAUGAGCUUUCUGGACCUAUUCCUGCAUGUGUAAAUAAUCUCACAUUUCUAAGAUAUCUUUACUUAGGCUUCAACCAAUUAACUUCCACGAUUCCCAUGAGCUUGUGGAGCCUUACAUAUAUCUUGGAGGUCCAACUCUCAUCAAAUUAUCUAAGUGGCCCUCUCUCAUUAGAGAUUGGGAAUUUGAAGGUCUUGAGAGUAUUGGAGUUAUCAAGAAAUCAACUAUUUGGUCAUAUCCCAGCAACAAUUGGUGGCCUCAAAGAUCUAGCUAAUCUCUCCUUGGCGAACAAUAAAUUAGAAGGCUCAAUUCCUGAAUCAUUUGGUGAACUAGUAAGCUUGGAAUUCUUGGAUCUUUCUAGUAACAAUUUAUCUGGAGAGAUCCCCACUUCCUUAGAAGCGCUUUCGUAUCUCAAAUAUCUAAAUGUCUCUUUCAAUAGACUGGGAGGAAAAAUUCCUGUAGGAGGACCAUUUGUACACUUCUUCGCUGCAUCAUUUAUGUCAAAUGAUGGACUUUGUGGUGCUCCCCGAUUUCAAGUUCCCCCAUGUAAAGAAGGUGUUUCUCGAGCCAAAAAGACCACAGCAAGAAGAAUUUCCCAACAACAACUUUUACAAGCAACAGAAGGGUUUAGUUCACACAACUUACUUGGUAAUGGGAGCUUCGGAUCAGUAUAUCAAGGAACACUUUCAGAUGGAAUGAUUGUUGCAAUAAAAGUUUUCAACUUGGCAGUAGAAGGGGCAUUCAAGAGUUUUGAUACAGAGUGUGGGAUACUAUGCAAUAUUCGUCAUCGAAAUCUUGUCAAAAUCAUUAGCACGUGUAGUAACAUGAACUUUAAAGCUUUGGUAUUGGAAUACAUGCCUAAUGGGAACCUAGAGAAGUGGUUGUAUUCUCAAGAUCACUGUUUGAGUAUCUUACAAAGACUAAAUAUAAUGAUCAAUGUCGCGUCAGCAUUGGAAUACCUGCACUAUGGUUCUUCAACACCUAUUGCUCAUUGUGAUUUGAAACCCAGCAAUAUCUUAUUAGAUGAAAAUUUGGUCGCGCAUGUUGCUGAUUUUGGCAUUGCCAAGUUGCUUGGUGAUGGGGAUUCUAUGAUACAAACUAUGACUCUUGCUACUAUUGGGUAUAUGGCACCAGAGUUUGGAUCGGAAGGGAUUGUUUCUACAAGAGGUGAUGUGUAUAGUUAUGGUAUUUUGCUGAUGGAAACAUUCACAAGAAAAAAACCUACUGAUAACAUUUUUGCUGGAGAAAUGAGCUUGAAGCGUUGGGUGGAGGAAUCAUCAUCCCAUUCAGUAACUAAAGUUGUUGAUGCCUAUUUGUUAAGAACAGAAAGAGAUUAUGCUUCUAUGGAGAAUUGUAUGUCAUCCAUAAUAGAAUUGGCUUUGCAAUGUUGUACUGAGUUACCUGAACAAAGAAUUAAGGCAAACAAGAUUUCAAUUACACUCAACAAGAUCAAAUUGAAGUUUCUACAAGAUACUGAAGGAAGCUAA